AGAGGGAGGGGAAACAAAGCGAGAUAUGUCUACAACACGAGUUGGUAGAACAUGACUACUGUCAUUAUCCCUGUUACUCCUGCAAUACUACAUGUUAUCAUCCUGCCCACCAAGCAGUGUAGCCCGGUCCUGUCGUUGCUGAUUGACUGCCUGCAGAGACAAAUAAAGACAUCGAGAGGCUCCAGAGCGGGUCCCACUGCACCGCGAGGGAACAAACAAGAGACAAACAGUCCGCAGCUACUAUAGAAGGACAAACAGGCAGCAGAUACUAUAGAAGGACAAGCAGGCAGCAGCUACUAUAGAAGGACAAGCAGGCAGCAGCUACUAUAGAAGGACAAGCAGGCAGCAGCUACUAUAGAAGGACAAGCAGGCAUCGCACAUUAUUUGAGAUCUUAUUCAGACAUGGUGGACACCCAGCUCCUUGCAUGGCCAAUGGGCAUCAGUCUGACCCCUGUACACCUGGAGGAGCUUGAUGACAGUUCUCACUCUCUGGAUAUGAAACCAUUCACCACCCUGGAUUACACUAGCCUGGACUACGAACACGGACCCACCAUCUCCAGUUACAGACCCACCCAGGUCCACCACUACCAAGCAAGCCACAGUCCCAGAUCCACCCAGGCCCACCACUACCAAGCAAGCCACAGCCCCAGACCCACCCAGGCCCACCACUACCAAGCCAGCCACAGCCCCAGAUCCACCCAGGCCCACCACUACCAAGCCAGCCACAGCCCCAGACCCACCCAGGCCCACCACUACCAACCCAGCUACAGCCCCAGUCACCUCAGCCCUAGACCUGGCCAGGGUUACCAGCCCUGCCCCAGCCCUGGCUCCAGCCCUGCCCUGGGCCACCACCUUUCAUACAUGGACCACAUGUACAACCACAGCAAGGUUCAGGAGGAACACGGUUGUAUAAAGCUGGAGCCAGAGUCUCCUCCCCAGCACUCAGACAGCAGUCCUCUCUACUCCAAGCUACAGGACGACACCACCGCUUCCCUACUCAACAUAGAGUGUCGAGUCUGCGGAGACAAAGCUUCUGGCUUCCACUACGGAGUCCAUGCCUGUGAAGGCUGCAAGGGGUUCUUCCGGCGGACCAUCCGGUUGAAGCUGGUUUAUGACCACUGUGACCUGCACUGUCGCAUCCACAAGAAGAGCCGCAACAAGUGUCAGUACUGUCGCUUUCAGAAGUGCCUGGUGGUGGGCAUGUCUCACAAUGCCAUUCGUUUUGGACGGAUGCCCCAGGCUGAGAAGGAGAAGCUCCUAGCUGAGUUCUCCACUGACAUGGACAUCAUGCACCCUGAGGCUGCCGACCUGAGGAGCCUGGCCAAGCUGCUGCUGGAGUCCUAUCUCAAAUACUUCCCCCUCACUAAGGCCAAGGCCAGGGCCAUCCUGUCUGGAAAGACUGGGGAUAACGCGCCGUUUGUAAUCCAUGACAUGAAGUCUCUUCAGGAAGGAGAGAGGUUUAUCAACUGCAGGCAGAUGCCCAUCCAUGUUGUCCAGGAGACCAGGACUGAUGCUGGGCCUGAGGCUGGGACUGGGACUGGAGCUGGCUGUGGUCUAGGUGGAUGUCUGGCAGUGAGUGAAGGCCUGGCUGUAGGUGGAGGUCUAGGUGGAGGAGUUGGUCUGGUCCAGGAGCCCACUGACGAGGUGCAGCUCAGGUUCUUCUACAGCUGUCAGUCGCGCUCCGCCGAGGCCGUCCGAGAGGUCACAGAGUUCGCUAAGAGCAUCCCUGGCUUCGUGGGAUUGGACCUGAAUGAUCAGGUGACUCUGCUGAAGUACGGCGUCAUCGAGGUGCUCAUCAUCAUGUGGGCUCCGCUCAUGAACAAAGAUGGUACACUGAUCUCCUAUGGACAGAUUUUCAUGACGAGAGAGUUCCUGAAGAGCCUGAGGAAACCCUUCUGUGAUAUGAUGGAACCCAAGUUUGAGUUCUCUGUUAAGUUCAACACCCUGGAGCUGUAUGACAGUGAUAUGGCACUCUUCCUCGCCGUCAUCAUCCUCAGUGGAGAUCGUCCAGGCCUGCUGAAUGUGAAGCCCAUUGAGGAGCUACAGGAAACAGUCCUCCACUCUCUGGAGCUCCAUCUGAAACUCAACCACCCAGACUCCCUGCAGCUCUUCGCCAAGGUUCUGCAGAAGAUGACAGACCUGAGGCAGAUAGUAACAGACCACGUGCACCUAAUCCAGCUACUGAAGAAGACUGAAGUGGACAUGUGUCUCCACCCACUGCUGCAGGAGAUCAUGAGAGACCUCUACUAGUAGGGUCAAUAUGAAAUGGCACCCUAUUCCCUAUAUAGUGCACUACUUUUACGCACUAUAUGAAAUAGUUUUUCAUCCAAGGUAACAGAAAAACACCGGUUCAAAACCGCAUAUGGAUGUGUUAGUCCUAUUGAUGCCACUGAUGAGGCAUAUUGGGGCGACAGGUAGCCUAGGGGUUAGAGCAUUGGGCCAGUAACCGAAAGGUUGGUGGAUCGAAUCUCCAAGCUGUCGUUCUGCCCCUGAACAAGGCAGUUAACCUUCAUUGUAAAUAAAAAUGUGUUCUUAACUGACUUGCUUAGUUAAAUAAAGGUAAAAUAAUAAAUAUUGGAAUACUAUAUUAGGGACUAGUAACUACUAGUCAGAAUGAGAUGUUAACCUGUCUGACGUUAUAUUGGCGCUGUUGGAAAGGAAAAGGAAAAAACCACUGUGAUUAUUAUGAGCCAUAUAUACGUUAUGCUGUAUGUAGGUUCAUUAGAGUUUAUAAACAAAAACUUCCAUCUAUAAUAUCAAGAUGUGACUGUCUUAAAGGUUUAUCCCCAUAGGACCAGAUAGGCUACACUAGGUAACAGGUAGAAGGUCCACCUGUCAGAUCUGAUCUCAGUUGACUCACCUGCAACAUAGAGAGUGGUUUCGAUAGGGUUUCUAUAGUGCUUAUAUAGUGCUUCUAUAAGGUUUCUAUAGGGUUUCUAUAGGGUUUCUAUAAGGUUUCUAUAGGGUUUCUAUAGUGCUUAUAUAGUGUUUCUAUAAGGUUUCUAUAGGGUUUCUAUAGUGCUUAUAUAGUGCUUCUAUAAGGUUUCUAUAGGGUUUCUAUAGGUUUUCUACAGGGUUUCUAUAGGUUUUCUAUAGGGUUUCUAUAGGUUUUCUAUAGGGUUUCUAUAGGGUUUCUAUCGGGUUUCUACAGGGUUUCUAUAGGUUUUCUAUAGGGUUUCUAUAGGGUUUCUAGUGCUUCUAUAGGGUUUCUAUAGGGUUUUCUAGUGCUUCUAGAGGGUUUCUAUAGGGUUUCUAUAGGUUUUCUAGUGCUUCUAUAGGGUUUCUAUAGGGUUUCUAUAGGUUUUCUAGUGCUUCUAUAGGGUUUCUAGUGUUUCUAUAGUGCUUCUAUAGGGUUUCUAUAGGGUUUCUAGUGUUUCUAUAGGGUUUCUAGUGCUUCAUUAGUGCUUCUAUAGGGUUUCUAUAGGGUUUCUAUAGGGUUUCUAGUGUUUCUAUAGGGUUUCUAGUGCUUCUAUAGGGUUUCUAGUGCUUCAUUAUGAUUUCUAUAGGGUUUCUAGUGCUUCUAGAGGGUUUAUAUAAGGUUUCUAGUGCUUCUAUAGGGUUUAUAUAGGGUUUCUAGUGCUUCUAGAGGGUUUAUAGUGCUUCUAUAGGGGUUAUAGUGCUUCUAGAGGGUUACUAUAGUGCUUCUAUAGGGUUACUAUAGUGUGUCUAUAGGGUUUCUAUAGGGUUUAUAGUGCUUCUAGAGGGUUUCUAUAGUGUGUCUAUAGGGUUACUAUAGUGCUUCUAUAGGGUUACUAUAGUGCUUCUAUAGGGUUACUAUAGUGCUUCUAUAGGGUUACUAUAGUGUGUCUAUAGGGUUUCUAUAGUGUGUCUAUAGGGUUACUAUAGUGUGUCUAUAGGGUUUCUAUAGUGUGUCUAUAGGGUUACUAUAGUGUGUCUAUAGGGUUUCUCUAGUGUGUCUAUAGGGUUACUAUAGUGUGUCUAUAGGGUUACUAUAGUGUGUCUAUAGGGUUACUAUAGUGUGUCUAUAGGGUGACUAUAGUGUGUCUAUAGGGUUACUAUAGUGUGUCUAUAGGGUUACUAUAGUGUGUCUAUAGGGUUACUAUAGUGUGUCUAUAGGGUGACUAUAGUGUGUCUAUAGGGUUUCUAUAGUGUGUCAAUAGGGUUACUAUAGAGUGUGAGCUCAUUAUGUAAGAUAAAUAUACUAUAUUGUGCUUCAUAUGAUAUUUUGAAUAAUUUGCCAGCUGUAAUUUGUAUUUUGGAUACAAUGAAUGUGUGAAAUAAAAGCCAUAUAAAUAAAUACAUAUUUUUGUA